AUGAGGAUAAUUUGCUGGAACUGCCGAGGUGUGGGCAAUCCUCAGGCAGUAAAUGCUAUGGUGGAUAUUGUACAGUAUUAUAAACCAUCUAUUCUUUUUCUUAUGGAAACAAAAGCUAAUGGUAUAAGGAUGGAACAAAUAAAGUCUUUAUUACAUUUUUCUCAUUGUUUUUCUGUUGAUUGUGUUGGUAUUGGGGGUGGUCUCUCUCUUAUGUGGAAAGAUGAUGUCAAGCUAGCCAUUACAGAUUAUUGCUCUAAUUUUAUUGAUUCUACAAUUGGGGACGGUUCUGAUUGUUGGAGGUUUACUGGGUUCUAUGGUUGCCCUGAGUCGGGUUGUCGCCGAACUUCGUGGAAUUUGUUGAGGGCUUUGGCUGAUAGGAGUCAGCUUCCUUGGUUAUGUAGUGGUGACUAUAAUGAUAUUGCUGAUCCGUUGGAAAAAGUUGGUGGUCCUCUUCGUUGUAUUUCUUUGAUUAAUGGGUUUUGUAAUGCUCUUGCUGAUGCCAAUUUAAAUGAUAUUCAGGCUGUGGGGGCUUUUUUGUCUUAUACAUAUAGAGAGGGUACUGUUCAGUGUUCGAAUGAGAGGUUGGAUCGUGCUUGUUCUAAUGCAACCUGGGAUGCUCGUUUUCCUGAUGCGAUUUCGUCUAAUUUAGUUGCUCCAGUUUCUAAUCAUACUCCUUUAUUGAUUGAAACUGUUGGAACUCAAGUUAGGGAGGCUAAUCGACGAUUUCGUUUUGACAAUUCAUGGCUUGAGGAUGAUGAGUUAGGGGAAGUGGUUUUGAUGUCUUGGCAGCAAGGUUUGGGGUUGGAUUUUAUUCAACGUAAAGACCAGCUUGUGAAGCGUGUUCAGUAUUGGGGGAAGAAUAGAAACCGCAUGCGUUGGCUUCAAAAAGAACGAAUUAAGAAGAGAUUGGGGGAGUGUUCUGAAUCGCUUGAUACAAGGGUAGUGCGGCAACUGAAGGAUGUCUGGAAUCAAAUUUUGGCAGAGGAGGAUAUUAGACUACGCCAACAAGCAAAACAGUUCUGGUUUAGACAUGGGGAUAGGAACUCAAAAUAUUUCCAUAAUAGUAUCAAAGCUCGUCGCAGAUAUAAUCGGAUUCAGCAAAUUGUGACAUCAGAUGGUUCAUUAUCUUCGGAUGUGGGUACUAUUCAGGAUGCAUUUUUGCAAUAUUUUUCGGGUUUAUUUUUCAAUUCACCUACUGAUUUUGCGGAACUUCUCCCUCUGGUUCAGCCUAGAAUUGGGGCCGAAGAUAAUGUCGAGUUAUUGGCAGAUUUUACAGAUGAAGAAUUUCGUUCAGCGCUCUUUCAGAUGGACCCGAAUAAAGCUCCUGGGUUGGAUGGUCUUAAUCCGGCUUUUUUCCAGAAAUAUUGGCCAAUUAUUGGGGUGGAUGUUUGCAAUAUUUGUCGGUUGUGGCUUGCACAAGGUAAUAUCCCUUCUGAAAUCUCCAGUGCUUUAAUUGUUCUUAUUCCGAAAUGUGUGAAUCCUGUUGAUGUAAAGGAUUUUAGGCCUAUUGCUAUUUGUAAUGUGAUUUAUAAGAUCUUGUCUAAGGCCUUAGCCAAUAGAUUGAAGAGGGUCCUGCAUAAAAUUAUUUCGCCAAAUCAGUCUGCUUUCAUUCCUGGGAGACUAAUUACAGAUAAUUUUAUUGUUGCUUUUGAGACCAUGCAUGGUUUGAAAUUACAAAAUAGGGGUAGUGUGGGGUCGUGUGCUCUGAAAAUUGAUAUUGCUAAGGUCUAUGAUAGAGUUGAAUGGUCAUAUUUGUUUGCGAUGUUAUCUGCAUUGGGCUUUUCUGAUACUUGGGUUGGUUGGAUGCGUAUGUGUUUUUCAAACAUGAGCUACUACAUUGCUGUUAACGGAGCAGAGAUUGGUCCUGUGGUUCCAAGUCGGGGUCUUCGGCAGAGGGAUCCCAUUUCUCCCUAUUUAUUUUUAAUUGUUGCUGAAGGACUGUCUUUGUUGAUUCAGGAUAGUGAAAAUAGGGGCCUCUUGCAUGGGUGUUGCGCGAAAGUUGGUUGCCCCCCGGUUUCUCACCUUUUCUUUGCAGAUGAUUCCUUACUAUUUUUUGAUGGUACAGUAGGGGAAGCUAUACGGAUUAAGCAAAUUCUUGGUGUUUAUGAGAAGGCUUCAGGCAGAGAAGUAUUAAUUAAAUCUGUAUUACAGGCAAUUCCAACAUAUUGCAUGAAUGUUUUUUUAUUACCUGUUUCCACUUGCCGUCAGCUACAGGUCAUGAUGAAUAAAUUUUGGUGGGGUGGUUGUCGUGAGGAUGGGAGAGGGAUGAAUUGGCUCUCGUGGGAUCGAAUGUGUGGGCGUAAAUCAGAAGGUGGGAUGGGCUUUCGGGAUUUGGCUAGUUUUAAUACUGCCUUAUUGGGAAAGCAAGGUUCUAACUAUAGCUUCGUUUGGAAGAGUAUUUUGUCUUCUCAACAAGUGUUGCAACGUGGGGUAAGGUGGCGAAUUGGUGAUGGUAAGCAGGUUUUUGUUGUUAAUUGCCCUUGGAUUCCUCGGGAUAUUGGUUUUAUGCCUUUAGAUGAGUCGAUAUUUAUUCCUGAAGCCAUGAGAGUAUGUGAUUUGUUUGUUGAAGGUGAGCUGCGUUGGGAUGUAGAGAAGCUAAUGAAUAUUUUUAGUAUUGCUGAUAUGAGAGUUAUUCUUACUAUUCCAUUGCCUCUAUUCCCAAAACCGGAUAAAUUAAUUUGGUACUUGCAUAAGAAGGGUGUGUACUCAGUUAAAUCUGCAUAUUUUUGUGCCUUAGAAUUGUCGGGUAGGACUGGUGUGCUGGGUUAUAAUGAUGGGUGGAACCGUCUUUGGUCUCUUGAUGUUCCUCCCAAAGUUCGUGAUUUUCUUUGGCGUGCUUGUCGUGGAGUGCUUCUUACUCGGGAUAUUCUUUUGAGGCGUGGGAUACAUAUACCUGGUGCAUGUCUUUUUUGUGAUCAUGAUGAAUCUAUUUCACAUGUUUUUUUGCAUUGUCCAAUGCUGUUGAGUUAUGGAGACUUGCUGCCAAGGACGUUAUCCCACCCAUCUGUUUCUCGUGUGCUCCCAUUAGUUGAGGCUACCACUCUUGAAGUUGAUUGGAUUGCAUUCAUUGAUUGUGCAGUCUUUGCUAGUGCUGAUUUGUUCGGUUUUGCAGCAGUAUUUGAGGACUUGGAAGGCUUCUUUUCCAUUGCAAUUUCGGGUUUCUAUGAGGGGGGUGGGCAACCUGUUAUUGCUGAAGCUAGUUGUAUUUUUACGGAUAACCAAUCCUUAGCCUUGGCUAUUCGCUCUCUGGAUGACUUUUCAGAGUUUAGAUUAGUUGUUUCUGAUUGCAAGGAUGCUAUGCGGUCUCAUGGUAAUAUUCAUGUUCGUUGGGUACGGCGUUCAGAAAAUAGAGCCGCCCAUUUAUUAGCUAGAGAGUCUAUUCAUCAUUGUAGAUUCAAGAUUUGGAUUGACAUUCCUGAUUGUCUCUUGGAUUAUUAUUUUACAAGAUAA